AUGAGUCCUGAAUUUGGCAAUGGAUCGAGUGAUUCUUCGGGUCCGAGUGCGAUGGAUUCAUCGGAUGGUUCUGAUAAGAGUGAAAAUGGGAGCUUUACUGAUUUGACUUGCGAAAAUUUGGAGGGGAAGUUGAACAAGAGUGGUGCUUUGGGUUCUCCGAUGCCUUGGCGUUGGAGUUCAGGAAGGAUGAGACAACGAUUUGACGGUGGUGGUGUCACACGCCCUUCUCAUUUCAGGCCUCUCUCAGUUGACGAAUCUCAAUUUCAAUCACUCAAAUCACGGUCUUUACACUCCCAACUCGCUUCCCAAUCACAUUCACCGAGUAGCUCGUCUCCCUCGCAUCCCAGUUCUUCAGAACCGCCAAAAUCCAAAAUGAUUGAAUCCCUGAAGGAAAGCAGUCCCAGCCAGUCUUUUCCUCUGCCUUCACCAUUAAAAAGACGGAAGCCACUAAUUGCAUCGCAUUCUCGGCAGUAUAGUGAUGGCUCCUUAUUGGGGACCCGCUCAAGGAAAUGCUUUGAGGAUGAAUUGGAGGAAUUCCGUGACAGCAAAAAGGAUGAUGAUUCAUCAACCAACAAAGAAAGGAUCUCAAGUUAUCCCUUGAAAUUUGAUGCAAAGCCUAUAGCUCCCUCCAAGGCUUCCUCAAGAGGGAAGUCUGUUCGAACUUUUAGAGGUAGUGGCAUUACCAUAAUUGGGUCUGGGGAUGCCGGAGAGAAGCAGGGAAAUCAUACAAAAGGAUGUGAUGAAAUUGAAAAGUCUGAGGGUUACAAAGGUGGAAGUGACCCUAAAGUAGGACAUUGUAAUCCCUCGGUUGUGUUCAACAGGCAGAAUCUUGGAGGUAAUGCUUACAUGCCACACCCAACAUAUUCCAGUAACCGGAACCAAGAGUUUGCAGAGAAUUCCGAGUCGGAGAGAGGGGAUGAAGAUUUUCGAGAAAGGUCAGAUGAAGCAACCAUGUCUGGAACUACGAGUGUAGCAGGAAGUGAUACUUAUGAGGUUGAUAGGAAGGCUGGUGAGUUUAUAGCCAAGUUCAGAGAGCAGAUUAGGCUUCAAAGAACAACAUCAAUUGAUACACUAAAAGGGUUCAACGUGAAUUUUUUAGAGUAGAUUUCUAGUAGUAGAUUUAUAUCACUUGUCACUCUUAGGAAGUCGAGGAUUCUUCAUCCUCGUAGUCCUAGGGUGGUGACCUUAAUAUUAUUAUCUGAUACUUUUUUUUUUCUUUCAAAUCUAACCAUUAUGAAUUUAAAUAAUAACGAAUUAUCUAAUGCAAAUCAUAUAUAAUUAUCUGGUACGUGCAGUAUGUUUGUUACAA